AGAAGAAGAAGUCGGAGUUUCCGGGGCGUGUCCACCGCUGCUGCUCCAACAACAACAACAGCUACAACCUCCACCUCAAUCCAGAUUAACGUCAUAUGAACCGGAUUAACUUCAACUGAGCCUGUUAAACUUCGCUGCGUCACCGGGGUUUACUCGGUUUUUACUCGGGUUUACUCGGAUUUACUCGGUGUGAGGAAAAACCGCUCGGUCGUCUGCUGCUGCUGUUGUUUUGGUAGAAGCUAACAGGCUAACAGGCUAACGCUGAAGCUAACGCUCGCCAGCUGAUCCCGGUACCUGGACGCGAUCGCAGAGUGACGUCAGCGGCACUAAGGGCGGAGUUUUCGUGUUGAAAGUGGGAGAGUGCGACUCCCAUCCUCGUGGGCUCCAACAGGUAGGUAGAGUUGCGCGUGACUGCGCGUGGACAUGGGGAACAGCGCGCUCAAGUCUCACCUGGAGACAUCGCAGAAGACCGGAGUGUUCCAGCUGACAGGGAAAGGUCUGCAGGAGGUUCCAGAGGAGCUGCAGAGACUGACCUCUAACCUGAGGACCGUGGACCUGUCGGGGAACCGGAUCGAGGUCCUUCCUGUCUCCAUCGGAAACUUCCUGCAGCUCAAGAGUUUGACGUUGAACUGUAACAGACUGACCAGUGUCCCCAGUGAGAUCGGGAAGCUGAAGAAACUGGAGACACUGAGUCUGAACGGGAACCGGAUCCAGCAGCUGCCCUCAGCUCUGGGUCAGCUCAAAUCCCUGAGGACCCUCAGCCUGGCUGGGAACCAGAUCGCAGAGUUCCCCUCUGGACUCUCGACCCUGAGACAGCUGGACCUGCUGGAUCUGUCCAGGAACCAGAUCCACAUUGUCCCUCCGGAGGUGUCCGAGCUGCAGGCCAUCGAGAUCAACCUCAACCAGAACCAGAUCUCGGUUGUGUCAGCGGAGGUGUCUCUGUGUCCUCGUCUAAAGGUUCUCCGUCUGGAGGAAAACUGUCUGGAGCUGACGUCCAUCCCUGAGUCCGUCCUGAAAGAGUCCCAGGUGUCCCUGUUCUCUGUGGAGGGAAACCUGUUUGAGGUCAAGCAGCUCCGAGACCUGGACGGAUAUGACAAGUACAUGGAGCGUUUCACAGCCACUAAGAAGAAGUUCACCUGAAGACUCCCAGACGUCAGUGCACUUCCUGGAGGUGGGGUUAUACAAGGCUCCUCCCACUCAGCUUCUUCUUGUUCUGAUGUCACAGCUGGCUCCGCCCCCGUCACAUGGUGUGAGGACGUUAAACCAAUCCCAGGUAACGACAGGAUCACAUGGACAAACAGAAGAUGUCUCAUGGAGGACGAGGACGAGCAGAGACGUCGUCUCCGUAUAUUAGCAAUAGUAUUAUGACAACUUCCUGUGAUGUCACUGAUUGUUUCUGUUCUUUUUAUUUAUAAAGUUUGCCACAGGUUUGUGACCCCGCCCCGGCCCUAACCAUAUUGUUAAAGGCGGAGUCACAGAGAAAACGAUAAAUUGGAAUGUUGACAUAGUUUUUCAUGUUAGCUAACCACAGCUGUUAGCAUCGUAGCAUGUGAAGCUAAUGUGGAACUAACAUCUGCUAAUUAGCUUGUUAAAGUGUGUGUGUGUGUUUUAUUGAUCAGUAAUUACAAUAAUCAACUCUGAUCUCGAACACACACUAACGCACACAUACUCACUCACACACGCACACACUCACUCACACGUGCACACACUCACUCACACACGCACGCACACACUCACACACCCGCACACACUCACUCACACUCACGCACACACUCACUCACACACGCACACACUCACUCACACGUGCACACACUCACUCACACACGCACGCACACACUCACACACCCGCACACACUCACUCACACUCACGCACACACUCACUCAUUCACGCACACACUCAAACACGCACGCACACACACACACACACACACACACACUCACUUACGCACACACUCACACUCACACGCACACACACGCACACUCAUGAUGAAUGUUCCGCUGACUCGACAUAAUCACCAACUUCCUGUCAUGUUGAAAUAAAACGCUCUUCCUCAUCA